AGCAAGAAGGCAGCGAUUUCCACGAACCAGGACCCGCCUCGGUUCACGUGACCCUCAGCUAUCUUCCCUACUCACGAGACACCAUUUUCUGCAAUCUCUCUGCAACUCCCCAGAAGCUCUAUGGCUCUCUAUACAUGCCUCUCAAAUCUCCUUUCUUUCUAGGUCACUUUCAGAUCUCGGCCCAACCAAGUCCUCUUUCUUUCAUUUCAUGACUUCUGCAGCAGCGCUUCCUCGCCAUCUUCCAUGCCUCCGCCACUUUCUUCCUCCAAUCUAGGCCUAGCCCUUUCCCUUUUCUUUCUGCUACUGUACCCUUUGUUCAGAACUUCUGCAGCGGCUCAAAGAUGCUCUCCAGCGACAGUGACGUCCGGAUCUCCAUGCCCACCUUUCACUUCCCCGCCUUCCUUCCCUUUCUCUUCCUCCCCUGGCUGCGGCCAUCCUUCCUUUCAAAUCAAAUGUUCAACUCCCCACUCCAUCAUCUCCAUUAAUGACCUGUCUUUCUCGCUUGUCCACUACGAACCCAACUCCUCCACUCUCACACUGGCCCCGAAUCCCUCCAAUGAGACCACAACUAAAUCAGCUGCACACAGAAAGUACUGCUCCGUUCCAGAUUUUGUCUCGAUCCCUAAUCGCUCUAUCAAUCUCUCAGGCUCGCCGUUUCGAGUCUCCGAUGGUUCUUGUGCUCGCCUCUCUCUUCUCCGACCUUGUUCUCCUCCAAGUCUCCCAAACUGCAGCCAUUGCCCUUGGGAAUGCAAGCUCAUCAAGAACCCACUUCAGCUGCUCCAUGGCUGUGGGUCCACGCACCAUUCCGUCUCGGAGCAGGGUUGCCAAAGCGACGUUUUGGGGUUCCUCGAUAACUUUCUGAUCAAAUUUGGGUUCCAAGUGGAGUGGGACCAAGCUCAGGACACUUACUUUUCUAGGUGCCAAGAUUGCAAUGCCAACAAUGGAGUCUGUGGCUUCAAUUCCUCCGAUCCAAAAAAGCAAUUCAUUUGCUUUGGCACCCAGAGCCGCUAUUCCCCCUCAUGGCUUCGUGAAGGCAGCCCGAAACGACUUGCGAUCUUGUGCAUUAUAUUUGCAAUGACAUGUUUUAUCCUGCUUGCCGCAAUGAUUCUCCGGUCUAGGCGGUUUAAACCAUCAGCGAUAGAAGAAGACGCAAACACUCUUUUCCUCCAUCGCCAUCGCUCAGCCAGUCUGCUCCCACCAGUUUUCACCUACGAAGAGCUCGAGUCCUCCACCAACCGAUUUGACGUCAAGCGCAAAAUCGGCGACGGUGGGUUCGGGUCCGUGUACCUGGGUCAGCUCUACGACGGCCGAAUCGUAGCCGUCAAGUAUCUCCACCGUGCAUCCGCUGGCCGAGCCUUCUCCACCAAGUCCUUCUGCAACGAAAUCUUGAUCCUCUCCUCCAUUGAUCAUCCAAAUCUCGUGAAGCUCCACGGCUAUUGCAGCGACCCGAGAGGGCUUCUUUUGGUUUAUGACUACGUCCCUAAUGGUACUCUUGCAGACCACCUUCAUGGCCCAAAGAGCUUGUUCCGAAAAGGCUCUUUGACUUGGCAAGUGAGGAUUGACAUGGCUAUUCAGACUGCUAUGGCAAUCGAGUACUUGCACUUCUCAGUCGCUCCACCCAUAGUUCACAGGGACAUUACUUCUACAAAUAUUUUCGUGGAAAGAGAUAUGAGAAUCAAAGUUGGUGACUUUGGGUUGUCUAGGCUGCUAGUUUUCCCAGAAACGUCGACGACGUCGGCAUCCUCAUCUGGGUAUGUCUGGACGGGGCCUCAAGGUACGCCGGGGUACUUGGAUCCAGACUAUCAUAAGUCGUGCCGGCUGACAGAGAAGAGUGAUGUGUAUAGCUUCGGGGUUGUAUUGUUGGAGCUUAUAACUGGGUCGAAGGCAGUGGACCAGAGCAGGGACAAGAGGGAGAUGGCCCUGGCCGAUCUGGUGGUCUCGAAGAUCCACAUGGGGCUGCUCAGCCAGGUGGUGGACCCCUUUCUGGCACUGGAUGCGGAGGCCAUUGGCGGCGUUCAUGCGGUGGGCGAGCUGGCCUUCCGCUGCGUGGCGGCCGAGAAGGACGAUCGUCCCGACGCGAAGGAGGUAGUCGAGGAGCUGAAAAGAAUUCGGAGCCGUACACGUGUAGAUAUCCAAGCGUCGAACGCGAUUGCCGGUGACGAUGUGGUAAAAGACUGAUGUUUCGAUAGGGUUGUGAUGUGAUGUGGGAAUCGGGGAUUGGUAGGUGGUGGUUCAGAUGCACAUGUGUGGGUCUGACUUGCUGUUGACUAAUGUUGCUUUUGUCAAAGAUAUUAAUUAAAAUUUCUAAAGCCUACGUUACAAAAAUUUUAUCGCAGAAACUCCCCGCAAA